AUGGAACUGGAAAAGCUUCUGACGCAGGUGCUGGAAGUGUUGCGUGAACAUGUCUUGUUGGCUGAUGAGUUCGGGGGUCACACAGGUCACCCAGGUUACCUGACACCUGAGGUGACGGUUAGAGAAGAAGAUUGUUUGUCCAGCAAAAUCCUGGGCCACUUCAGUGCAGGGAGCCCUCUCCAGGUGCUCCAGCUCUCAGAUGCCAAACCAGGAGAACUGCUGCGAGCCGAAGUGAAAUCCACUUCGAUGCAAGGUUGGAUCACGGUUCGCAACACCGUUGGCCAAGCAUUGGUUGGAAUGCAAGCCAACAAGGUGACCCGUUCCACUCGCUUGGACGAGGUGAUGAAAGGCUCGCAGUUGGAGACGCUUCGCCUCAUGACCCUGCGCACCGGGGAGGCGUUGAGUAGCCCGGGCUUGCCCUUUGCGGCGGUGAAGAGGCUUGCCCUUUGCCUGGUGAAGAGUUUUGCCCUUUGUGUAGGGGCGUACCCUAUCCGUAUCAGCCGUGCCAUGUGUGACGAAAUUUUGUCUUUCUUACCCUUAACCUCCUUGUAUCAGAUGCGAAGCAUCAAUAGAGCAACAUGCCGCACCAUUGAGUACAUGGACGAAUUUGUCAACAAAUAUUCCGAAGCUUUGUUGCUCUUAAAUAAAGCACCGUCGCCCAUGAUCGAAAUCGAAGAAGAUCUAGAUCUUGAAGCUGAAGCAGUUCUACAAAAAGAACAAGCAGCCGAAGAGGAACGAAGAGCACGAGCCCGUAGCCGCUCGAGAAAAAGACAAGAGAAGAAACAUGACGAAUUCCUGCGACGACGAAAUGGUGAAUGUGUUGGGCAGCUGCCGGCGCAUACCAGGCGUGCGAAGAUUGCUACCUUGGAGUCAGCACCGCCCAAAGAGGGCAAGAUGGAAGGCGAGCUUGUCGGACUCCAAAGGCAACGUGCUAGUGAGGACUUCAGCCACUUCCUCCAAGAGGCCUCUGGCCUGGACCUCAAAAUGGUCGAAUCGAAACUGAUCAAAGAGAUCGUGGACGAUGGAGCCAUUUCCUUGCAAAAGAAACAAGCCAAUUUGGCAAUGGGUUUGCUGAAUUCCGCUAGGUCUGGGGACUUUCAAAAGUUCAAGGAGAUUGCGGAGGCUGUGGCUCGCGAAGGUGAUGAUUCGCCCAUGUCUCCUUCCAGGCGUCGUGACAGCCCGCUGGACUGCUGCGACGUGCGCGGCCGCACGCCGUUGAUCUACGCCGCGGCGUUCGGCUCGGUCUCCAUUGUUGAGUUUUUGCUCAACAAAGAUGAGGUGUACGUGAACGCUAUGGAUGAUACGCAGAAGACUGCACUGCAUCAUGCAGCCCGUCACUCGCAGGCUGAGAUCUUGCGCCUCCUGCUGAAUGCUGGAGCAAUGAGCGAAGCAAGAGAUCACAACGGCUGCACGGCCCUGAUGUUCUGUGCUGGCACUGGCAAUGUGGCAGGUUUGCAAGUGGAUGCCCCAGGGACUCUGGAAGCGCUCUUGGAAAAGCACGCCAAUCCCUGUGUGGAAGACUAUCAGGGUAACAGCGCGCUCUCCUACGCCAAAGACUUGAACCAUGGGGAGAUCGUCGAGAAGCUCAUAGCAGUGCGGAGCUUGGUAGUGAGCCAGAAGUUGAUUUGGACGUUUACAGAUCUGCUUCAAAGCAAUUGUGAGGUGCAAAAGAACAGAAAGAGACGAGUCAGGACUGAGACCGUAGCUCAAGCUGACCUUGAAGAGGCAGUACAAGUAGCUUUGGAGGUCUUGGAGCCAGGCCUUUCAGAAGAGGAGCAGCGCCGCAGUGCGGCAGAGAAACGCCUAGAGGAGCUGUUGCACGGCUCCAGUCUGCGGGAUGUAGAGGCAGCUUUGGAAGGUGCUCGUCAAGCUGGCGUUGGUGUCAAGGACGAGGCCCUCUUGAACGCCGCCAACAAGAGACUAGAAGAGUUGCAGGAGCGAGACCAGGCCUUGGAUCAUUUGCUGGCGGCCAUCGAUGAGCAGCCCUGGAUCCAGCAGCAGAAGAGCAAGCCAGUUGGCAUGCAGGGUUUGGCGUCCUUAGAGGAGGCAUUGCAAAAAGCAAAGGAAAAGGGCGUGGCAGAGAAGGACUUGGAGCCUGGGCAACGGGUCUUCCAAGAAGAAGUUCCAAGAGCGAAGGCGCGUCAGCAGUUGCGAGAAGCCCAAAAUAACGAUGCCAGUGCCCUGCGCGACGCCAUUGCGGCGGCCAAGAAUUGCCAGCUCCCCGAGGAGGAGAUGCAGCCCUUCGAGGAACUGCUUCGGGGUGCCGAAUCAAAGGAAGCAGCUGAGGCAGCUCUAAAGAAGGCCCAAGAAUCCAGAGAUAUUGCGGCCUUGAAGUUUGCGCUACAGCAGGCAAGGGAGGCUGGCGUGGAUGCCAACGUGAUUUCAGAGGCUGAGGAGAUCUUAAAAGUGGAGGCCCCGAAGCAUGAAGCCCGGCAGCAGAUGGCAACCCAAUUGGCCAAGGUGAGCAAUGCAGGUGAUGAAGGUCCAUCCCUGGAAGACCUCAACUUGCUACAGGAAGCGAUCGACCAAGCCAAGUCGGUGCAGCUGCCAGAAGAAGAGUAUGCUCGAGCCCUGACCAUCCUAGCCCAAGAACAGAGGGCCACCUGCAAAGCAGAGGUGGCCAAGGUGCUGGCAGAGGUGAAGGAAGUCGAUAAGACCAGUAUAGAAAGUGUGGAGACUGCAAAAGAGAAACUCGGUAAUGCACUUCUGGCGGCAAAGGCAUCCUCAGUGCCCUCCAUGGCCCUCCGCGAAGCGGAUGCCUUCCGAAGGAGGCUUCACAACAUGGUGGAAGAUCUGAAGGGAUCCAUCCGCGUCUUCUGCCGAGUGCGACCAUUGAGCGGGAGAGAGAAGGAUCUGAAGGACACAGAUAUCUCCCAGCAAGUUGACACCAUGACGGUGACCGUGCAAAAGCCGAGCGUCGGAACCAUCGCCAACGACGCGGAGCAGUUCAACUUCGAUGCCGUUUUCAAACCCGGCACGCAGGCAGAAGUCUUUGAUACCUGUCGUGAUCUGGUGCAAUCUGCACUGGAUGGAUACAACGUCACGAUGUUUGCCUAUGGCCAGACAGGUGCCGGAAAGACUUUCACCAUGUAUGGUGGCCCUGGUGACAUGAAGGGCACCGCCCCCCGAACCAUAGAUGAACUGUACAGGUUGAUCAAGAAAGAUGAGGAUCGGGUGCAAUUCACAGUCAUGGCGUCAAUGAUGGAGCUCUACAGAAAUGAGUUGGUCGAUCUCUUGACGCAGAAGAACAGCGGUGGUGCGUCUCCGAAACGGAAGAGUCAGCGACCCGAAACCGCUGCUGUGGACCAAAAGCUCAAUGUCCGCCUGGAUAAGAACGGAGCCGUGCAAAUCGAGCACUUGUACGAGGAGGAGUGCAAGACUGCGCAGGCCUUGUCCGAUCUUCUCGAGCGUGGAAAUCAGAUGCGCACCGUCUGUGCCACCAAGAUGAACAGCGAGAGUUCUCGAUCGCACCUCAUCCUGAUUAUUCGAGUCGUUGGCGUCAACAAAGAGACGGAGCAGAAGUUGAGCGGAAAGAUCCUGUUGUGCGACUUGGCCGGAUCAGAACGACUCAAGAAGUCAGACGUGCGGCGCCCGGUGUAUCUCACAACCUGUCGGUUCUAUCUGGAGGUUUGCUAA